AUGACAACAAUGGAAGGGGCCAGCGGGUCGAGUUUUGGAAUAGACACGAUUUUGUCCAGUGCCAGUUCGGGCAGCCCCGGCAUGAUGAAUGGAGAUUUCCGCCCGCUCGGCGAGGCCAGGACCGCGGAUUUUAGGAGUCAGGCCACUCCGUCUCCGUGUUCGGAGAUUGAUACUGUAGGGACGGCGCCUUCCUCUCCCAUCUCGGUCGCCAUGGAGCCCCCGGAACCGCAUGUGAUAGCGGACGGUCCCCAGCAUCACCACCACCUCCACCACAGCCAACAGCCGCCGCCGCCGCCAGCCACGGCCCCCACGCAAAGUUUGCAGCCUUCGCCGCAACCGCAGCCGCCGCAGCCACCCGCCCAGCAGCUGGGCUCGGCCGCCUCGGUCCCCAGGACUUCCACUUCUUCUUUUUUAAUUAAGGACAUCUUGGGCGACAGCAAACCUCUGGCGGCGUGUGCACCGUACAGCACCAGCGUCUCCUCUCCCCACCACACCCCGAAGCAGGAGAGCAACGCAGCACACGAGAGCUUCAGGCCAAAGCUCGAGCAGGAGGACAGCAAAGCCAAACUCGACAAGCGGGAAGAGUCCCAGAGCGACAUCAAAUGCCACGGAACAAAGGAGGAAGGAGACCGGGAGAUUACGAGUAGCCGAGAGAGUCCCCCUGUGAGAGCCAAAAAACCUCGCAAAGCCAGGACGGCUUUCUCCGACCACCAACUCAAUCAACUGGAGCGUAGCUUUGAGCGACAGAAGUACCUGAGUGUGCAGGACCGCAUGGACCUGGCAGCUGCGCUCAAUCUCACUGACACCCAGGUCAAGACCUGGUACCAGAACCGCAGGACCAAGUGGAAGCGGCAGACUGCGGUGGGCCUGGAGCUGCUGGCCGAGGCAGGGAAUUACUCGGCACUGCAGAGGAUGUUUCCGUCGCCUUAUUUCUACCACCCAAGCUUGCUGGGCAGCAUGGACAGUACUACUGCCGCGGCGGCGGCUGCCGCCAUGUACAGCAGCAUGUACCGGACUCCUCCUGCGCCCCAUCCCCAGCUUCAGCGGCCCCUGGUGCCCCGAGUGCUCAUCCACGGCCUGGGGCCUGGGGGACAGCCGGCCCUCAAUCCCCUGUCCAACCCCAUCCCAGGCACCCCGCAUCCCCGGUGA